UACUAAUUACGAGCAGUUCUAUCUUUGAAGUUAAGCAGUUAAACGCAUCGUAGAUUUUAUCUGUUUUAUGGAAUGGCGUACGCGCCAUCUUUGUUUAUAAACCAUGGCGGAGGACCCAUGCCUGUAUUAGGUGAGAAACAUAACUUAGAAAUAGCAGAUUCAUUACGUAAUAUAUCUUCAUUUGUGAAUUUUAAACGUAUAAAGGCAAUAAUAUUAGUCACAGCACAUCGUGAAGAGGACAUUGUUACGAUAUCUUCCGGGAAGAACAACGAUUUGAUUUACGAUUAUUCCAAUUUCCCGCCAGAGAGCUAUGAAUUCAAAUACGCAGCGGUCGGUGACCCCAUUUUGGCGGGAAGACUGCACAGAGCAUUCGAAAACGCGACGAUACCAUCGAGGUUGGAUGAGAAAAGAGGUUGGGACCACGGAGUGUUUAUACCAAUGAUGCUAAUUAACCCAAAAGCAGAUAUACCCAUUGUUCAAGUGUCAAUUUUAAAAAACCAAAAUGCCCGUGAUCAUUACAACAUUGGAAAAGUGUUAUAUGAAUUCAGGAAGGAAGGAAUCGCAAUUAUUGGAUCAGGCAUGUCGUACCACAAUAUGAAAGAAUUUAAAAACGCAGCACAGAUAUACAACGAUGAAGUUGUUGUUAAUGAGGACUUUGACAAAUUCCUUAAUGAUGUUUGCUUGGGUGUGUUGAGCCCAGAAGCCAUUUUUGAUUGGGAUAAGACACCACAAGGGUACGAAUGCCAUCCUUUGGGAGAAGCAGAACAUUUGAUGCCUUUGAUCGUAUGUUUGGGUGCGGCUGGAAAUAAUCCUGGGAAAAAUAUAUUUUCGUCGGUGUUUUAUAAAAAAUUUAAGCUAUGUGCGUUUCUUUGGAACUAAUAUUAAAAAUUUAAAAAAAAACAAUAAGAACAAUGUGUCAUAGAAAGUGAAAAUCAUUUAUACGAUUAAGUAACAAAAUGUACACUUAUAAACGUCAAUAAAGAUAUACACAUUGGUACAUAUUAAUUGAUAAAAUAUUUAUUGUUCUCA